UCCCUCCCACAUUACUUCUAGCAAAUAUCUCAGUUCUUUUUCUGUGGAAGCAGCAAAGAAGCAGUAUGCCCAGCACAUCACUUCUCGUUGGUGGGUUCUGAACUACGAAGAUGAGACUGCUUCUUUUAUUCUCCGUCAUCUGCUUUAUGGCCACUGUCAGCUUCAGUCAGCCUCCUGGUCCUCCAGGUCAAAAAGGUGAAAAAGGAGAUCCCGGAUAUCCUGGGUUUCCUGGGAUGAUAGGACCACCUGGACGAGAUGGUGUUCCUGGAUUAUCGGGGAUUAAAGGGGACCGAGGAUUUCCUGGGAUACCUGGAUAUCCUGGCGCUCGUGGAACAUGCUCUGCUACUGAGACGAGCUGCCCAGACCUCAGAGCUUUGAAGGACAGACUUGCCAAGCUAGAGCUCGCCAUUAACUAUCAUUUUGUCCGGAGAGUUGGUCAGAAAUACUUUGUGUCCAACAAGGAGAGAGGCUCUUUCUCCAGGGCUGUCGAAUUCUGCUCCCAACAACACAUAGAGUUGGCUCUGCCCCAGAACGAGGAGGAGAACAACGCACUGACUCAAGUGUUUGGCGAUGUUUACAAGGCAGCUUGGAUCAGUGUCAACAACAAAAAGGCAGAGGGAAAUUUUGAGGUGGAUAUGAAAAACCAACAUCUGACAUUUACCAAGUGGGGAGAAGGUCAGCCAGACAAAUCCAUCCAAGAUACAGGCUGCACCAUGCUGUCAGAAAACGGCAUCUGGCAAGUUACACCAGAAUGCUUCCUGAACGCUUACAUCAUUUGUCAGUUAUAGAAAGUUCACAGUUCCUUGCAAAUCUCACUUUGGGGGAUUUUCUUUCCCCAUGUCAUGUUUAUCUCAACUUUUCAUGAAAGGAAUUAACACAUAACUUUCUUAAACAAUGAUAAAUUACAUUCUACCCCGUGUGGGGUUUUUUAACAGUUUAUUAUUUUUCUUUUACCUGUAUUAUAAUAUCUGAUUUUAAAAAAAUUACUACUGCAAACGAAACAUAUUUAGAGUAUUCAUCUCUCUUUUAUAUAAAUGCCAGAUGGUAUUCUUAAUGUGUACAUGCUUUAAAUAUAAAAAUUAUACAAUAAAAACAACACUGCAGAAGUGUGGGAUUUUA